GCGCUUGGGCGCUUUUUCGAUCUCCCGCGUGAAACGCGCAGCGACCCCGCGAAGCCGCGCUCGGAUGGGCCAUGCGCGCGGUGCGGGACCUGCGCGCCUCGACGCCCUCGGCGACGCGUCUGCUGCUGGAUGGGAGGCUGCAUCCGGAACUGCUCCUGGGCGCGCUGGUGCGCUGCUCCCGAUCUCACGGAUCCGAAAUGGGUAUCGCCGAUGCAGAGGCCGGCGGCCUCUCCGAUUCCGAUCGCCUCGAUGCGAGUGACGAUCCGGGGUGUCGGGGCACGCUUCUGGGGUGGUGCCUCGGGGAGAGCCAGGAGGGCGAGCUGUGCGAGGACGGCUUCGCGGCGGUGCGCUUCGCUUCGGAGACGGUAGAAACCCAGCAGGUGCUCAUCGACAGCCUCAGCUUCUUCCCCAACCUGCUGAGGUCUGCUGAGGUGGGCCUGCGUGUGCGGCGCGGGCCCGACUGGGACUGGGGGGACCAGGACGGGCCGGGGAACUUGGGGCUCACCGUGGCGGCCGAGAGCCCCGACUGGGUCUCCGUGUGCUGGGACGGGGGCGGGCAGAACACCUACCGCGUGGGCGCGGACGGGCGCUACGACCUGCUGGCGGUGGAGAGGUCUCCGAGACUGCCGGACGCUCUGUGGGUGAUGGGCGCGGGUGGAACCAUGCGGGACAAAGUGAAUGGACGCUACCUGUUGGACGGCUACCUGAACGGCAAGCCCAAGUACAAGAUGCAGAAUGGCGAAGCCAUCAUCUAUUUUCAAACCACCUGGAGGAUAAACUACUGCGACGCCGCGGGGUGGGUCUACGAGCAUUCGGCCCUGGCCCCGAGCCCCCCAAGCGGCCUCUGGAGCGUGGCAGACGGGGAGUCGGUCGAGUGCCACCCAGCGCCCACGGUGUCACAGGACAUGGGCUCGGUGCUGAGCGCGCCACUGAUCGGCGUGCGGGUGCGGCGCGGGCCUGACUGGGAGUGGGAGGACCAGGAUGGGGGUUUGCUGGGUACCACCCUGGCGGUGGAGGCGCGCUUCGGCUGGGUGGCGGUGCGCUGGGACCAGGGCACGGAGAACAAGUACCGCGUCGGCGCCGACGGCAAGUUCGACCUGGUGGUGGUGGGCGUUCUGCGCGUCAGCGGCGCCGGCGGGGUGGGCGAUCCGGUGAACGGCAGCUACCUGCCCUGCGGCUCUCACCAGGGGAAGGUGAAGUACAAGAAGCGGAACGGGGAGGCCAUCAUCUACUUCCAAGGGAAGUGGAAGAUCAACGACGAGGACGACACCGGGGGGUGGUACUACUCGCACCCCGACGCCUCCGUGUCGGUGCCUUUGGGGCUUUGGACCACGGAGGGCUACGCCGCCCAAGACGCCGAGCCGGCGCCCACUGUGGAGUUCAGGGAGGACGAGGACCCUCUUGACUGGCUGCAGGAAACACAGGCCCCGGUGCUGGAAGUUCCGCUGCUGCGGGCGCCUCUGUUCGGGGUGCGGGUCACCCGCGGGCCCGGCUGGCGAUGGAACGACCAGGAUGGGGGAUGCCUGGGCACCACGGUGGAGCGCCUCAGCGCCACUCCCGGCUGGGUGGGGGUGCGCUGGGACAACGCCUGCGAGAACAACUACCGCGUGGGUGCAGACGGGAGCUACGACCUGUUGGUGGUGAGCCCUUUGCGUGUGGUGGGCGCCGGAGGUGUGGGGGCCCGGGUGAACGGGACCUACGUGGCGUGCGGCACCCACAACGCGCGGCCCAAGUACCAGCAGCAGGACGGCCGGGCCAUCAUCUACUUCAACACCUUUUGGAAGAUCAACUACCGGGAUGACACCCGGGGCUGGUACUACCAGCACGCGGACAGCGCGGCGCCGGUGCCGUGCGGCGCCUGGAGCACCGAGGGCUACGUGGGGGGCGACGCCUCCCCGGCGCCGAGCGUCUGCCGCGCCUUCGAGGUGGGGGACGUGGUGCAGGUGCUCCGCGCGGAUGGCUCCGCCUCCGGCGGUGUUUCCCCCGCGCCGCGGCUGGCGCUCGAGCUGGGGGACACGCACACCAUCGAGGCGAUCCAGGGCGACUGGUUCCAGGCGUCGCGGGGGUGGUGCCCCUUGGCCGCCGUGGAGGUCCACUGCGCCGAGGGCGAGGGCGGCGGCGGCAGCUCCGGGGGCGAAGGCGAGGGCUAUGAGGAGGCCUGGUGUUGUCCGGAGGAGGCGAUGCGGAGCCGGUGCCCCAUCUGCCUGCAGGUGGCCAAAGACGCCUUGGCCCACGAGUGCGGAGAGCUCUUCUGCGAAAUGUGCUGGGUGAGGUGCCAGGCCGACGAUGACCGCUGCCCUGUGUGCCGGCAGGACGGGCGCCAGGUGGCGCCGGCCUACUGGAGCCGCCGCGCGAUCUUGGACCUGGCCACCACUUGCCAGAGCUGUGGCGAGGUCUGCCGCUUGGGGGACAAAGCGGCCCACCUGGCGCGCUGCGCCUCGCGCCUGGUGACCUGCGAGACCUGCGGCCUGGAGCUGCCCGCCCAGCGCCUCGCGCAGCACCAGGCCCAGUGCUCGGCCUGGUGCUGCUGCGAGCUGUGCGGGGAGAAGGUGCGGGACUUGGAGGCCCACCUCAACGAGAAGCCGGGAGGCCACUUGUCGCUGAUGCUGAAGGAUCUCCGAGAGCUGAGGCGCGAGGUCUCGGAGCUCCGGCGCUUCAAGGCCGCGGUGUGAGACGCCGCCUCGAGCCUCGAGGCUGUCGAGCCCGAGUCGAGCCUUCCGAUAGGCGACCAUUUGGCUACCCGCCAGGCCAUG